AUGCAGAGUUCGAUCCAGUCUAUCCCUUCUGGACAUCGGGAAUUCAUAAGUGAUACUGCUUUUGACUAUUAUGGGAAAAGACUUGUUUCAGCGUCGGCAAAUGGCCAUCUAAGGGUUUGGAACGAGGUAGAUGGAGAGUUUAAGCUCCAAACCGAGAUUGAGGCGUACUCGUCCUUAAUCAGUCGAGUGGACUGGGCACACCCUGUUUUUGGGCAGUUAUUUGCUGCUUGCUUUCACAACGACACGGUCGUAAUAUAUCAGGAGUGCAUUGAUUGCAAUAAGCGCAAGGAAUGGAAGGAACGUUGCCAGAUAUCUACCUCCAACACAUCUCCACUGGAUAUCGCAUUUAGUCCGAGUUUUUUCGGGCUGAAUCUAGCAAUUUGUUAUAAAGACGGAUCUGUGUCGAUUUACAGUCCAACGGACCCGUUUCAGCUUCGAGAGUGGCAAUGUGACUCCUGGUUUCAUACGAACAAGGAGAUUCACUGCCUUUCGUGGUGCAAAUCACGAGACAAGCCGAUGAGCUUGGUGAUCGGCACGGAUACUGACGCAGAGAUCUGGCGUUUGGGAAGUUCCAACAAAUGGGAGUUGCUGCACUACCUUCCGGACCACGGAGGAACCGUGCGUAAUGUGGCGUGGAGCAACAGCUUAGGAAAGGAUUACGAAACGAUUGCGACAGCAUGUUCGGACGGAUGCAUUCGCAUUUUCAAGGUAACAAAGGAGGGUUGCUCGUUAAUAACCACACUGCGAGAUCAUGAAUGUGAUGUGUGGAGGAUUGAAUGGAAUACUACUGGAACUGUGCUGGCCUCGAGUGGGGACGAUAACAAGGUGCGAUUGUGGAAAGAGCGAUUUGAUGGAUCCUGGACCUGCGUUAAGGAAAUUGGUUCUGAGAGUGUGUAUUUUGUUUGUUACAAAAUUGUUUCAGUUUCUAUGGAUCCUUCCCCCAAAAAGGUCAUUGCGUUGUUUGAUGUGGAUGGAACGCUUUCUGAAAGUAGAAAGGUGGCACCUCCAGAGAUCCCAGCAUUCUUGAAAAAGCUUCUGACGAAGGUAGACGUUGGUAUUGUUGGAGGUUCCGACUUAUCGAAGCAGCAAGAGCAAUUAGGGAAAGAUAUUACCACCUAUGUAACCUACUCCUUUUCUGAAAACGGUUUAGUCGCUUACCAUAAUGGAAAAGAGUUUCAUCAUACGUUUUUGACGGACGUGUACUCAAAUGAGAAGCUCAACAAGUUCAUCAACUUUGUGUUACGUUAUCUUAGUGAGUUGGAUAUUCCUGUGAAGCGAGGUACGUUCAUUGAAUUCCGAUCGGGCAUGAUUAACAUUUGUCCGAUCGGUCGUAAUUGUACCCAAUCCGAGCGUGAUGCAUUUGGUCUUUACGACCAAGAGCAUCAUAUCCGCGAAAAAAUGGUCGCGACCCUGGAAAAGGAGUUCCCCGAUUACAACUUUGUCUAUCUAAUUGGCGGCCAGAUUUCGUUCGACGUGGUUCCCAAAGGCUGGGACAAAACGUACUGCCUUCAGUUCCUGGGCGAUUACGAUGAAAUUCAUUUCUUUGGGGAUAAAACAGGUCCAAAAGGAAACGACUACGAGAUUUUCACGGAUCCCAGAACGAUUGGGCAUACGGUGACAGGACCAUUCGAUACGAUUAAGCAGUGUGAAGAGCUGUUCUUUCACUGAUGACUUUGUGAAGACUUAUGAAUGGAAGGGAACUUCUUUGUGAGUC